AUGGCUUCCCUGGUACCCGGAAUCAGGCGCGUAGCCCUCCAGGCCUCGUCCAGGUUAUCGGGAUGCAGCCAGUGCCUGCGACAGCCGGUUGCCCGCCAGGUUCUGGCCGCCACCUGGACCUCGCCCACGAUCAACAUGGUUCGAUAUUCGUCUUCGGCAACGACGACUGCAACGACCUCCCCGCUCGGCAAGCUAGCCCGGGAUAUAUCAUCGCGCCCCGAGCAUGAACAGCAGAAGACUGGCUCAGCCGCCGGUGAGGGGGAGUCGACCAAGAAGUCGUCCUUCCCCGAUACCAACCCCAAGGGUGUGGCGUACUGGCUUCUCGGCAGCGCCGCCAGCGUGUUUGGCAUCGUCGUGUUUGGUGGUCUCACGCGUCUCACGGAAUCAGGUCUGAGCAUAACCGAGUGGAAGCCCGUGACCGGGUCUCGCCCUCCCAUGACGGCCGAAGACUGGGAAUCCGAGUUCGCAAAGUACCGGGCGUCGCCCGAGUUCAAGCUCCUGAACCCGUACAUGACGCUGGACGAGUUCAAGAAGAUUUACUUCAUGGAGUGGACGCACCGUCUGUGGGGUCGGGUCAUCGGCCUCUCCUUCGCCCUCCCCUCUCUGUACCUGGUGGCGCGGCGGCGGGUGACGCCCCUGAUGGGCGCCAACCUGCUCGGCAUCUCCGCCCUCAUCGGCUUCCAGGGUUUCAUAGGCUGGUGGAUGGUCAAGUCCGGGCUGAAGGACGACCUGUUCGCCGAGGGCUCGCACCCGCGCGUGUCGCAGUACCGGCUGACGGCACACCUGGGCACCGCCUUCGUAUGCUAUUCGUGGAUGCUCCUCUCGGGCCUGUCGAUCCUGCGCACGCACCGCAUGCUCCGCGCCGCCGACCCGCGCGCCGUGCUCGACGGCGUCCGGGCCCUGCGCGACCCCUCCCUCAGGACCUUCCGCCGCCUCUCCAUCGGCCUCGUCGGCCUCGUCUUCACCACCGCCAUGUCCGGCGGCCUCGUCGCCGGCCUCGACGCCGGCCUCAUCUACAACGAGUUCCCCUACAUGGGCACCGGCCUCACCCCGCCCUCGUCCGAGCUGUGGGACCGUUUCUACUCGCGCCGCGAAGACGGCUCCGACCUCUGGUGGCGCAACAUGCUCGAGAACCCCACCACCGUCCAGCUCGACCACCGCAUCCUCGCCAUGACCACCUUCACCUCCAUCCUGGCCCUCUUCUUCUACGCCCGUACGGGCCGCCUCGCCGCUGCCCUGCCCCGCGACGCCCGCCGCUCCACCACCGGUCUGGUCCACCUCGUCUGCCUGCAGGCCACCCUCGGUAUCUCCACCCUCAUCUACCUCGUGCCCAUCCACCUAGCCGCCACCCACCAGGCUGGCAGCAUCGCCGUGCUGACCGGUGCCCUGGUCCUCGCUCACAGGCUGCAUGUCCCCGCCGCCACCGUCAGGCUGAUCGAGCAGCGUCUCAAGCAGAUACCUAGUGCUCGUCGCUGA